UGACAGCUAGACUUUUUCCCAAUUCCAAAAAAUAAACAUUCGUGGCAUUAAAUACAAUUUUAUUUCUUAUUUAUCAUAGUUUUUAAUCUAUUUAUGUGCCUAAUUAUUAUCAAACAAAACAACAUACAUAAUUUCAAUUGUUUAUAAUCUCAAUCAGAGGACAAACGAAAAACAUGGCUAACUUGAAGCAAGACCUCGACGAAUAUUUGCUUCUGCAAAGUGACCAAAAGAAGAAUUUUGGUAUAAAAAUACCCGAUAUAAAAGUUCCUGAAUUUGGGAAGCUAUUUUCACGCAACGAAACUGCUCCCGAAGCGAAUAGUUGGCUUAAAGAGACUCAAGAUUCUUGUUGCCCGAAAUUAUCCCGGCUACAGAGAAUCGUAGGAUUUGUUGCAUGUUUGGGGAUGGGAGCUCUUUGUUUGACGAUAUCUACAUUCUAUAUUCCUGUCCUUAUGUUUAAAGCCAGGAAAUUUGCACUGCUCUACACACUUGGAAGUGUUUUCUUUAUUUUAAGUUUUUGCUUUCUAUCCGGGUUCACAGCGUUUUUCAAGCAAAUGUUCUCCAAGCCACGACUUCUCGUAUCAGCUUCGUAUACGUUUUGCCUCAUUGCGACACUUUAUUGGUCUUUGUUUGCUCAAAGUACUGCACUCACUGUGCUAUUUGCUGUGGCACAAAUAAUUGCCUUGCUUUUUAUGGUCCUCGGAACGGUUCCUGGUGGUGCAACAGGAGUUCGUUUCUUUGGACAAUUGUUCAAAAGUAAAGUUACCAAUACACUGCCGGUCUAGACAUAGUAACUCUUGAAACCGACCCGAUCGAUGAUGGGGGAGUUAAAUAAAUAUGAAGAAAAGCAAUCAUUAAUAAAUUGCUGAAUAUAACACAAAUUACCACAAGAUAGAUGGUAUUUGAAGGUAGUUUUAAAUGAUCUAAUUAUAAGUUUAUGUGAUAUAUUUUUUUGUAUAUAAUAAUUACGAAAUACAACCGAAAGCACAGUA